AUGACGUCUCCACACCCCAAGCACAUCGGGCUGGGUUCCCCGCGCAAACGGCCGGAGAGUGUUACGCCUUCGAACCGGAUAAAGCCCUUGGAGACAGGACAAGGACACCCGGAGACCAGAAAUCGAGCGCAGUCGAACACAAAUAUUCAGCAGCCAUCAGGCACUCGCUCUGACCCCGCCGAGCGUGUGUUCCCUAUUCGGUCGGUUGUUUCGGUCGAUCCCACCAUUACACCCCAAUAUUCGGGUUCAGCGCACUCCCGGGAUGCGGUAUCGCCAACCCGAGAAGGAGCGCGACAGUAUCCGUUCAUCGAUGAACGGACGUGGAACCAAAUACAGUCGCAGGUUUCUUCCGACAACCUCCAUCACCCCGAUCCCGAGCCCUCCGAACCUAUAGUCCCUAUCGACAUUGCACGCCACGCGACACAUGUUAUAGAUGAUAAGACAGAGCUUGCGACACAUUCUUUGGCGUCGGAUGUUAUUCAGCACCCCGAGAUUUACGCCAAAGCUGCUCCAGGCGACAAUCAGUCUGGAAGCGGGUCCACCGCGCACCCAUCCUCUCAUACCCAGCACAGCAACGCCGCAGACCAUGAUCAUGUGACUGCCCGCUUCAAACAUGUCAUGACAGAUAAUGGUCAUGCCGUCAUCACAGGACGAGAUGGAGAAGCAUUUCAAUACUGCGAGGACGAGCCCAUUCGCAUCCCUGGGGCGAUUCAAAGUUUUGGUCUAAUGAUUGUCCUCCGUGAAGAGUCGCCAAAUCAGCUCGUAGUCCGCAUUGUGAGCGAGAACUCGGCUGAGAUCGUGGGAUAUUCCCCCAAGCAGCUGUUCGAGUUGAAAAAUUUCUGUGAUAUUUUGAGUGAGGAACAGGCGGACAAUCUUCUAGAUCACGUUGACUUUGUUCGUGAUGAUGCACACGAUCCAUCUGUUGACGGGCCAGAUGUUUUCAAUAUAUCCAUCUGCACAGCUGGUGGGGAGAGCCGCAAAUUCUGGUGUGCCACUCAUGUCUCUCAGACCCAAAAGGAUAUGAUUAUUUGCGAGUUCGAGCUUGAGGAUGACCGAGUGAACCCGUUGAAUGUUGAGGGCCUUGAGACUCCGGCAGUUCCCAUAGACACCCUAGGUAUUGUUCCAACGGCAGAUCAACUCGCUGGGAGCACAAUCAACAUCAGCCAGCCUCUUCGCGUUCUUAGGAAUGCCCGCCGAAGGAAGGGCGAGGCAUCUUCGAUGGAAGCCUUUAGUAUCUUAACUCAGAUACAAGAGCAGUUAGGGCGGACGAAUGAUCUAGAUCAGCUGCUGAAUACAACUGCGGGAUUGGUUAAGGAGCUGACCGGCUUUCACCGAGUCUUAAUCUAUCAGUUCGAUAGCAGGUGGAAUGGCAUGGUAGUUGCCGAAUUAGUUGAUCCUAACGCUGCUAUUGAUCUCUACAAGGGUCUUCAUUUCCCUGCAUCCGAUAUCCCCGCGCAAGCCCGAGAACUAUACAAAAUCAACAAGGUCCGGCUCUUGUACGAUCGCGACCAAGUCACUUCUCGCCUCGUGUGUCGGACCUUGGAGGAUCUCGAGUCCCCGUUGGACAUGACUCACGCCUACCUUCGCGCGAUGUCUCCAAUUCAUGUGAAAUAUUUGGCACACAUGAAAGUCAGGUCUUCAAUGUCAAUCAGCGUCAACGCUUUCAACGAUCUCUGGGGGUUGAUCUCCUGCCAUAGCUACGGAACUGCUGGUAUGCGCGUGUCAUUCCCGAUACGCAAAAUGUGCCGGCUUCUCGGCGACACUGUAUCGCGAAACAUCGAACGGCUUUCAUAUGCCUCUCGCCUUCAAGCCCGAAAACUAAUUAACACUGUCCCGACCGAGGCCAACCCAGCAGGGUACAUCAUUGCAUCCUCGGAUGAUCUUCUACAACUAUUUGAUGCGGACUACGGUGUCUUGUCGAUUCGCGAUGAAACAAAAAUCCUCGGUGACAACAAUAACUCUCAGGAGGUGCUUGCAUUGAUAGAGUUCCUUCGCGUACGCCAGUUAGAUACAGUUCUUGCCUCGCGCGAUAUCGUCAAGGAUUUUCCUGAUUUGCACUAUGCCCCCGGAUUGAAGGCAAUCUCCGGUCUGCUAUAUGUCCCGCUCUCUACUGGUGGCCGUGACUUUAUCGCAUUCUUCCGCCGUGGACAUCUCACCGAGAUCAAAUGGGCUGGUAAUCCUUAUGAAAUUGAAAAGCGAAAACAGACUGCAGGAUAUUUAGAGCCUCGGGAAAGUUUCACAGCAUGGCGGGAGACGGUUCUAUCGCAAAGUAGAGAGUGGACAGAGUCGGACGUGGAGACGGCGGCAGUCUUGUGCUUGGUUUACGGUAAAUUUAUCAAGGUUUGGAGGCAGAAGGAGGCUGCCAUGCAAAACUCGCAACUCACCCGACUACUUUUGGCCAACUCUGCACACGAAGUUCGGACCCCUUUGAAUGCCAUCGUCAACUAUUUGGAGAUCGCACUUGAGGGUGCUCUGGACGAUGAAACCAGAGAGAGCUUGACAAAAUCCCAUUCGGCUUCCAAAUCACUAAUAUACGUGAUUAACGAUCUCCUGGACUUGACAAACACCGAAAAGGGCCAGGAUCUCAUUAAAGACGAGAGCUUCGACCUCGAAUCGACCUUUAGAGAAGCGGCUGAUAUGCUGUCUGGCGACGCCAAGAGGAAGAACAUCUCAUACACUGUUUCAGUACAUCCGGGUAUUCCCCAGUCUGUUGUCGGCGACCAGCGCCGCGUACGGCAAGUUAUUUCAAAUGUGAUAUCAAACGCCAUUCAGCACACCAAAUCCGGUGCGGUGACAACAGAAAUGUAUCGAUCUGCGACUCAGUCUAUUCCUGGCCAUAUGGGAGUGGAGAUUGUUGUCACGCUCUUCAACGAACUCGAACAAGUAUCGACCGAUGAGACUUACUACCCCGAAGAAGAAAACAACACGCAGAACGCACCGCAAAAACGUGUAUUGGGUUUAGGUCUUGCUCUCGCAGCAAGGAUUGUUCAUAACAUGCACGGUCAGCUCGCCGUCAGAUCGGAGGAAGGGAAGGGGAGUCAUUUCAGGAUUAUAUUACAAUUCCGGUUGCCAGAAGGGACAGCCAUGGAUGAAGAUACAGAUGAAAUUUCUCCUAAACGUCCUGGCGGUCCUACUACGCCUUUGCUUUCAGAAAAAGAGUUUACGCUAGUUCCCGGCGCACAUGAGUCUUCUGAUAACAGACGACGAAGUACGGAAAGUCUUCGCAGUGGUGGCAGUGGUGGCAGUGGACAGAGUGGGCGCAGUGGGAGAAGUCAUGCCGAUCGACUCAUCAGUGCCAUGCAAGAAGCUCCCCUCAAGAGAAGCAAUAGCCAAGAUUUGGAUCUGAGACGAUUGAACUUUUCGUCGAGUACCGCCAGCGCCAGCAGCCAUCAUGCCGCUUCUCCUUUCGGGUCACCAUCUGCUGUAAAGCGAUCAUUCCCCGCGCAUGAUUUGCAUUCAAGUCCAUCUUCUGUCACGCAUACCCCGCCUAUGACACUACAGCCCCUUGUCACUCCCCCUCCCCCAGGUCUGGAGAAUAUCACAGACUCGGGAGUGCCGAUGAGUGCGCUGCGAAUGUCACAACAUUCCGCCAGCCUCAGAUCACCACAAAUCAAGCAUACCAAGGAAGACAGCUCUUAUUUCCCAAGGGUUUUAUCAGUCGCAGAAACGUCACAAGGUUCCUCUGGACCAGCAUCUUCUGCUGUGCCGACCACUGAACCUUCAACAACAGACUACGACGGACUCGAUGUUCUUGUCGCCGAGGACGAUCCAAUCAAUAGCAAGAUCAUACAUAAGCGGUUGACCAAACUUGGCCACACCGUCAAGCUGACCGGCAAUGGUGAAGCCUGCGUGAUUGCUUUUUCCUCAGCCACCAAAUCUUUUGACGUAGUCCUGAUGGAUAUUCAGAUGCCAAUCCUCGAUGGAAUGGCAGCCACCCGGGCGAUUCGCGAAUUUGAAUCAAAGACACCCAAGGAAGCGCUCUCCGAUAAAGCUAUACGCAAUGACCGAGUACCUAUCUUUGCUGUCUCCGCAUCUUUAGUUAAAAAAGACCUCGAAACCUACAUUGAUACUGGAUUUGAUGGCUGGGUCAUGAAACCUAUCAAUUUUGCUCGUUUGAAUGUUAUUUUGAGCGGUAUCUGCGAUCCAUCCGCCCGCCAAGCAGCCACAUACACGCCUGAAGGGGAAUGGGAAAAUGGUGGAUGGUUCAACACCAAGUAA